GUAAUCAGUUUUUAUUUGGGAGCAAGGCGCCGAAGGCCACAGGUCGAGGAAACGUCAGGUGUCAUAUCACUGCUUUUAAACCGCUUACGGCCAAGAAUUGGAAAUUCUGUUGACCUCAACGGGGAAGAAAAAAAUUCCGUAAAAUGAUCGUAAAAAAAUUUCUGUUUCUCUUGGUGAUGAUGUCCUAUGGUUUCCGGAUGUCCUAUGGUUUCCGGAUGUCCCCUGGAUCGACAACUGAUCAUGAGGACCGUUAUCAUCAGCCUGGUGACAUCACUCUCGGAGCUCUGAUUGCACUUCACAACACCAACGAUGUUGGCGAAUGCGGUGUUUUUGCGCCGAUGGCACUUGGCGAUGUGGAAGCUUUGAAGUUCGCCAUUGACGAGAUCAACAGAAACCCACAACUGCUUCAGAAUAAAACUCUUGGAUUUGACGUACGGGACUACUGCAGAAGCACUGUAAAGGCAAUGAAGCACACGUAUGAUUUUGUCCGAAAAAACGAAAUUGCACUACAAUUCCAAAACGUCACCCUUGACUCUUCAAGUGAGGACCAAACAACACAGAGCAGGCCUACACCAGUGACAGCUGUGAUUGGUCCAACAGAUUCAUGGACUGCGACCUUUGUAGGAACCCUUUUGCAAGUGGCUGAAAUUACACUCAUCAGUCACUCGGCGACAAGCGAUGAGUUGAGCUCCCCACAGUACAGCUAUUUUUUUCGCACUGCCCCUCCAGAUAGAAAACAAGCAAGCCUAAUGGCUGAUAUAAUAGAUUAUUUCAAUUGGAGCUAUGUAGCUGCCGUGGCAAUGGACGACUCCUACGGUCGAAAUGGGAUUAAGAGCUUGGAAGCUGAGGCAGCCAAAAAGCAAACAUUUUGCCUUUCUUUCGCGGAUUACAUACCUAGGCAAGACUACACGAAAAAGCUGAAAAGAAUUGUGAUGAAGCUUCGACGCCACUCAAAUAUUAAUGUUGUGGUGCUUUGGCUAAUAGGAGGCUAUGGACAACAAUUUCUUGAAGAAGCAGCAAACCAUAGAAUGUUCGACCGCACUUGGAUUUUCAGCGAAAGUUUCACGCCUGGAAAGGACUUAAAAGAAGUCGUCCAUGGCUCAUUGAGUAUUGAGCUUCGUCAAUUUCAUGUUCCAAAUUUCACGGAUUUCUUGAUCAAAGAGUCGAUCAAAUCCUUGAAAGAGAAGAACGCCUCUGCUCCUUGGUGGAAAGAAUUUUGGAACCAAACAGGUACUUCAUCUUCCAACGAGACGGUACUUCAUUCGGUGUAUAAUCCCUAUAUUCCUUAUUUGGUGGACGCUGUUUAUGCUGUUGUCCAUGCUAUUCACAACAUGAGUAAAAUCCAUCCUAUAGACAAUCCGAAGAAACUCGAAAAACAUCUUCGACAAGUGGCCUUUAAAGGAGUAACCGGGGAAAUCGAAUUUGAUCAGCUUGGAGACCCUAAACUAUCAUCUUAUGACAUUGUGCAUUAUCAGGUAAAUGAAAAUUCCGAUUUAAUAAAAUUAGCCAUCGGAUCGUGGGAUGAAAGUCAAAAGGAAAUUCACUUGAACGUUUCUGGCAUAAAGUGGAAUACUGCGGCAGGUCACACAGUUAUUCCAAAGUCGUUCUGCCACAGAGAUUGCCUUGCUGGUGAAUAUCAGUUACCAACGACCUCUUGCUGUUGGACUUGCAAGAAAUGCCCGAAUGGAACCGUUAGUACUCGAGUGAAUGAUAUGAACUGCACCGUGUGUCCCCGAGAGCAAAAGCCCAAUGAACAGAGAUCAAAAUGCUUGGAUCUUCCUGAAGUUGAAGUCAUGUGGUCAAGCCCCGCUUCCGUCCUUAUCGUACUGUUUUCCACAGUUGGAUUCCUUCUUCUUGCCAUUUGCUGUUUCAUCCUCUUUAAACUUCGGGACACUCCCCUGGUCAGAGGAGCCAAUCGCGAGUUAAGUUCUAUCCUUCUUUUGACGAUCGCAUUGUCCUUUUCUUCCUCCAUUUUAUCCCUUGGCAAGCUUACGAACUUUAUGUGCAGUUUGGCUCAUUUCUGGAAGCUAAUGGUUCUGGCAACAAUUAUCUCCAUACUGAUUAUUAAAACCAUGAAGAUACUCAGUGUAUUCCAAAUAAAUGUUUUAGCGAAGAGGUUCAAAAACUUUAUUCUUGCGACAAAAAGGCAAACAUUUGUCGUCCUAGUUCUAAUCUUUCCACCAGCUGUAUUAUUCCUGUUAUGGAUUAUCUUAGACUCGCCACAUCAACAACGGAUCAUCCAGAAAAAUGAAGGGUCAAUUCUUCUUUAUUGUACUAUGCACCAGUCGUCCGUUGGGAUGAGUUUUCAAAUCGCCAUAUCUGUGUACACAUCUCUUCUUGCAGUGGCUUGUACAUACUACGCCUUCAAAGCCAGAACACUUCCUGAGAACUUUAACGAAGCCAGGUAUAUUGCGUUCUCAAUGUAAAUCUUACUCCUUUCAUCCGUAGCAUACUUUCCGGUUGACAUCGGCCUUAGGGGUUCCCAUGCAACAAACUUUACAUGCGCGACGAUACUGGUCAGUUCCUAUGGACUGUUAAUUUGCAUGUUCGGUCCAAAGAUUUAUAUAAUUCUUCUCAAACCUGAACAAAAUACGCAGGCGGCCGUAAGUUCCCAAUUAUCGGCCUAUACAUUUGGUCAGUCUCAGUCUAGAGAUAGAGUUGCAGUAACACUCGUGAAGCCGUAUGCCUCAAACAGCCAGAAACAAUUGCAGCCGGAAGUUGCCUCCACCAGUCACACUGGACAUCAAAGGAAGCAGUCUCUUUAAAGAGAGGUUACUUUCAAACUGCACCCAAAGAUCUAUCAUGGUACAAAGAAAAACAAAAACAAAACAAAACAAAAACACUGAAACAACCUUGGUUCUCGUUAAUUUUGCAAAAUAUUUUUCAGAGGAUAAAAUCGUCGUAAUCGUUAAAGGCCCAUAAAUGGUGGGUGCGAAGACCGAAAUGGUUACAAAUGCCGAGCUCGUAUAAGCUGUUUUUAACAAUUUAAAACCAAGGUGAGAGAGUUUGAUCUGUCGAGACUUAUGAAUGAAGAAUGUGCAGCACACUGCCUUAAAUGCACAUCCGUAGCUUAAAAGUGUAAAUAUUUGCGUAUCAGUUUUCUCCAUCGCCCAGCACUAGACUGAAUGUUCGCUCAUCUUAGAAGACCUUAUUUCCACUACUACAUAAGUAGGGUUCCUUACUGGUAAGAUCGCUUUCUUACAUCUUUUAUUUUAUUGUAAAUUUCAUACAGUAAGUAGCUAGUCAUUUAGCGUCCCCAACCACCCCUUAUGUCCCUUAUUAUGAUAAUAAUAUUCCCCUUAUUAUGAUAAUAAUAAAGUUCUUAUCUUGUCUUAUCUCUUCAUUUCACAAUUUGUAACAUAAGCCUAGGAAAUUUUUUUUCGAUCUCACCGGCUGAAUAAACCUUUCGUUAAUGUAAAGAACUUUAUUUUGUUUUCAGGAACUAGGAUUUACAUUACAAUAUAUCUUUUUAUCAGACGCCUGCACUUUUGCCGUUAGGUCAAUGGGCUUCAGACUCCCUAUUUUCCUCGCGGCAUUGUAGAAAUGCCUAACUUCCUCCAAGCAAUCUUUCUAAUCAGAUGUUUCUUAUAAGGGCAGAAGAACACCAAAAUAUACAAGAAUGUUCUGGUUUAAGGGAAAUCUUAGCACAGUCAGCCGAAAAAUAAUGUACAUUUUCGAAAAUGGUUCCUAAUAAUGCAUUCAAACAGUCUCCUUAGAAACCCAUGUUAUAACCAGAAAUGUACUUUCCAGGAG